UAGAUUGAUUAAUUUAAUAGUAAUGGGUGAGAACGCUAUAGGAGAACUUAUACUUGAUCUCUGUUUCUUUGCAAUCAGAGAAAUUAUGAAAGACAGAUGUGGAGCAUAUGGAUAUUGGCCAAUUCUAGUGAUAGUCUCACUGUUUGCAACAAUGGUGUCUGCAUGAUUAAAAACUAAAAUCUUCUUGUUGUGUCAGACUUCAAUCUUUCCUUUCUAUAACGUCCCUGUGUUGAUCAUGGGAGUGGUCACCUUCUCAGCUUCAUGGACAUGAAUAGAAGAAAACUUCAGAUGGGUUGGAUAUGUUUGCCACCUUAUCAUCAUUAUGUUGUUGGUAGGGUGCAAUGUCCUCUUGAUCAUUCAUAAAUCCAGACAAAAGAGGAAGAUUGCCAAUAACAAAAAGAAUAAGAAGAAAACUAAUAGCAGAAAGGCUCUAUUAAAAAGCAAACGAAAGCCAGACUUGGAUAAUGUAUCAGGAAGUGAGGUGCCGAAUACUCAAAAUCAAGGGGAUUAUAAUAGACUAGAAGAUGAAGAAGAGGUUUAAUCAUUAUAAACAGCUAGUUCUACAUAAAUAUUUAGGAAACAGAUUACUUGACUGUUUGCUUU